AUUUUAUUAAUUGGAAACUGGUGGCUGUUCGAUUGAACAAAUUAUGUACUUUGAGAUUCAUUCAAUGUUGUGGAGCGCCCGGUAUUUCAUGUGUUUAUAGUGUAUUUAGUGUUCAAAUGCUGUUAUCGAUGGAAUUGAUAGAACUAAGACUGGGAUAAAUCCACGAUCACCAGUCAAAUUUCAAAUACUAUCUGAUUGUAAUAUACAUGGGAUUAAGGAUGCAAUAAAACAAAUAGACCGCCGACUGAACGGCCUAACAACUGUGAUAAAGUAUUUAGUCUGAGUGGCUUUUGAAAAUGGUCGCGUAAAAUGUGAUAUAUUAAUACUGCUUGUUGAUGAAGUUUUUGAUAAAACAAAUGACUGAAUAUUUAAUUUUAAUGGUGUAACUAAUAGAAAUUAUACGUUUGAUAAUAAUAUAGGUUUGAUUGCAAAUGCAGUGUUUGUGAAGGUUGAAUUUCACGUUAAAGUUAGUGAUAUUAUACGCACAAGAUUUAAAUAUUUUAAUGAUAUUAAAGAUAUAACAAUUAAGACAAUCAAACAGCGUCAAGAUGACAACUGGAAAGCAACAAAAUGGUUUGAUAAACCCAUCAGAGCCUAACACUCAACUGCACAGUCAGAAAGCACAAAAUUUGACAAUAUCGAAUAGUGCGAUUGAGAAAGUGGAUAAUUUAUCUAUACCAGGAAGUGUAAUGGAUGGUGUUACCAUAGAACCUGACGGGAUUUCACUAUACGUAGUUUCAAAUUACAGAUUUGUAAUUCUAGCAUUGUUUGUUAUAUUUUCGGCAUCAAAUUCGAUGCAGUGGACUCAGUACGCGAUUAUAUCGGAUAUAGUGACGGAUUAUUAUGGCGUGUCGAGUAAUCUUGUGUCGUGGACCUCAAUGAUAUAUAUGGUGACGUACGUGCCUUUAAUAUUCCCUGCAAGCUGGCUUCUGGAUAAAGUGGGCCUACGGAUCACGACCAUAAUCGGCGCGUUCGGGACAUGCGCGGGCGCAUGGCUGAAGGUGUUCUCCGUGCCCCAAGACAUGUUCUGGCUCGGCUUCCUCGGCCAGACGGUGGUGGCCGUGUCCCAGGUCUUCAUCCUGAACGUGCCGCCAAGACUGGCAGCGGUCUGGUUCGGCGCAGACCAGGUCUCUUCCGCCUGCAGCGUUGGGGUCUUCGGCAACCAGCUUGGUGUGGCAGUCGGCUUCUUCCUCCCGCCGAUGCUCGUCCGCGCCCAGGGUACCAUCGAGGAGAUCGGAGCCGACUUCCAGCUCAUGUUCUACCUGGUGGCCGGGUUCACAAGCGUGCUGUUCGUGCUGAUACUGCUGUUCUUCAAGAAAGCGCCGCCGAGCCCGCCGUCGGCCGCGGCCGAUCUCGGCUCGAGUCUGGACUCCAACUUCCUCCAGUCCAUCAAGCAGCUUCUCACCAACCGCAACUACGUGCUGCUGCUCAUCUCCUAUGGGCUGAACGUGGGCGUUUUCUACGCCAUCUCCACACUGCUCAACCAGGUCGUGCUCAACCACUUUCCUGGUGCGAACGCGGACGCCGGUCGCAUCGGCCUGGUCAUCGUGGUGGCCGGCAUGGUGGGGUCGGUGGUGAGCGGGAUGGUGCUGGACAAGACCCAUCGGUUCAAGGAGACCACUUUGGCCGUCUACGCCGCCUCCGUGGUCGGCAUGGUGAUUUUUACCUUCACCUUGGACUGUGGCGUCAUUGCUGUCGUUUACCUUAGCAGCAUUAUCCUUGGCUUCUUCAUGACCGGGUAUCUUCCCGUGGGCUUCGAAUUCGCGUCGGAGGUGACUUACCCCGAGCCAGAGGGAACUACGUCAGGCAUCCUCAACGCUGUGGUACAGAUAUUCGGUAUGACGCUUACACUCUCUUACGAGCAAAUGUUGGCCACCAUCGGCGACCGCUGGUCCAACCUGGUCCUCUGCGCGAUCCUGGCCCUGGGCACCGUCAUCACCGCCCUCAUCAAGUCUGACCUCCGCAGGCAAGCGGCACAGAGCAAAGGAUAAACGCGAAAAGUAAAGAGGUUGUCUAUAGUUUUGAACAGAUUAAUAAUAAUGUUUUUUUUUUUAUUUUUUUAAAUAUUGAGGCUUGUAAUAAUUAAAAUCUCUCUCUUCGUCAAGUUCUCAGUUGUGAACUCCGCCACAAUGCUUUGGGCCUGAGGGCGGAGGGUUUUAAAAUAAAUAAAUAGGUAUAUUUAAUACCAAUAAAAGAAUACAUAAUAUACAGAUGAGUCCAGCCACCCACAGUCAUUUCACUUUAAAUUUACUAGCAGUUGUACCUACAGAGACUUUGUUGGUGAAUGAAGGCACCAUAUUUUGUUGAUCAAGGAAUGUCAAGGAUAUAUAUAUAUGGGUUGUGGUUUUGUGUGGCUAAUAAACUGGAUUAAAAUAAUCACCUGAAUUUUGUAGGCUUACCUACAUCUACAGAUUAAUAUCUGCAAUACAGAAUUUUAAUGUAAAUACGACAUUAUGUAAGCCCAUUGUAUAAAAUAAGUGGCUGUUAUUUAUCUAGUCUAUGGAACAAAAAGAGAUAAAACCCAGUUUUUCAACUAUAUUUACGUUAAAAUAUUUUAAUGGUAAACAAAUACCCUUAUACAUAUUAUAUAAUAAUUCGUUCAAAUAAGGCACUUGGUUUGGAUCCAAUUAAAUAUGUUUUUUGCCUUUUGACGUAAGCAUUUUAUAGCAUUGUUUUUAGCAAAGGUGUCUAUAAUCGAUUUUUUUGUACAAAAUACCUACCUAGUACGCGUCAAAUAACAUUACCUAAACGGUACAUUAAAAAUAGGUAGGUACCUACCUACUUUUAAACAUAUUUUGGAAUUUUCCGCACAACUUUGUGAUUUUUUUUUGUACGUACAUAUUUACAAUUUUUUUUAUGGAUACUUGUUGAAAUAUGUGAAUAUACUUCUAUCUAACAAUGGUACUUUGGUUUGACCAAGGUCAAAAGAUAAACACUCUAAAUGUAUGUGAUUAGGUAGUUUAAAACGUAGAUUUUUAGAGAAAAUGUUAGGUAGGUAUAUGAUUGAGCUAAUGGAAAACGAGACAAUAAUUGUGUGAAUAUGUUAGUAAUUAUAAACAGAGUAGUAUUUUGCCAAAAUAAUUAUUAAAGAAUUUUCGGGAAGAUAAGAACUAUAAAUUUAUUCAUAUGAAACGAUAUUUUUGUGGCGGUAUAUCUAGUUGAUGGGUUACAAUAAUUAGGGUUACAAAUUACAAAAAAAAUCUAGUGUUGCCUGAAUCCAUUUAAAUUAUAGUAGGUUUAUAGUAUGUGUAUGUAUAAUUGUUACAUACCUACUAACUUGAUUUUGGCAUUAACAAAAUUGGCCAUAAGUACUAAAUAAAAACAACAAGAUAUAAUUCAAAUCAAAUAAGUAAUAUACUAUUAUAAUCAGCAUAAUUUGACUUAUUUUUAUAAACGUUACGUUUUACUGCUUGUUAAAACCGUAUACAUUUUCGAAACAAUGUCAAAAGAUUUCUUUGAAACUUGAUAAGAGACAGGAAUAAAUAUCUUAAGAUUUACAAAAUUUGUAAAAGCGGUCCUAUCUUCCUAAUAAUGUAUGCGUAGGUGAUAAUAAAAUUGUUGAAAUUUGCCUAUGAUUACCCUAAGUGUCAUUUACGUAAGGCUUGUGAUUUUUUUUAGUUGAAUGAAUACAAAUUACUUAGAUAUUAUAGCAAUGAUAAAAUGUAUGUUAAUGAGUCAGUAUUAAAACUUGUAAGCAGGUACCUAAUGAAAUUUAUUUUAUGCCUAAUUUUUUAAAGUUAAAUCUGUAAGCAUAGGUACUACUAUUUUAUUUAAUAUACCUUAAAUGUAAGUAAUGUAAAUACUUGAAGAAUUUUUUUGUUAAUUUAUAAGGUUUAUCUAUUUAUUUCAUUCGCCGCUACUGGUUUUAUGGUAGAGAAGCUAAACUUACAACAAAAAUAAACUUGAUCGUUUGAUAAACGAUAAGAAUGAAAGAAAGGAGGUGCCAUUCGGGUUACAUCUUUUAAAAAGCUUUAACGUUGCGUAUUACUACAGUACCCGUAGUUACUUAUAAAGUUGAUGUGUUUUAAACAACUGUUCUUUGGUAGGUAUGUAGACAAAUCAACGUAUAAAAAAUUACAACAGGAUGAUAAACUAAGUUGUUGUCCUUAUAGAAAUUUUAUUGCCAUAAAUAUACCUAUUCAGGUUUUUUUAUCAUAGUACUACGGCGACACUUUGUUUUGGAUUAUGUAAAUGAUUACGGGGUACCUUACAUCAUAACUUACCUUCAAUUCAUUUAUCAAAAAUAGGAAUAAUUAAUAAAUGUCAAUGUGCCACUGAAAGUAAAGGAAUCAAUUAUGUUACUUUUAAAUCAAAAUAAUUAUCAGAAUUGAGAUGCAUUAUUAAAUUAACUGACUAAAAAAGCUUUAGUUAGCGAUCGUUUAAAUGAAAUAAAUAGUUGGUACCUUUAGUUAUCUAUGUAAAAGUAGAAAAUAAUUAGUACCUACCUACCUAAUUUAUUAUUUUACUUUUAUGUAUAUCGAACGAUAAUAUGUACCAAUUGAAAAACCCCUAAUUUUUUGGUAAUUUCGUUGUUUUAUUUUUGGAGCGUUUUGCGGUAGAUACAUAUUGGUGUUUAAGUAGGUAUAAUGUUUAGUGUUAUAAUAUAGUUAAAUGUUGAUGGA